AUGGCUUUGUUUAUGUCUAUGUCUAGGGAAAGAUCAAGAGGACGGUCUACAGUGACAGCAAGGUCAAUUUCUGCUGAUCGAGAUAGCGAACAAGGAGAGAACAAUAGGCAAACGCUUGGACCCUCGUUCUACUCUUCAUCUGCAGUUGCUACGAACGACCCAACUAAACAGAAGAUCCUUGAAGAGAUUGAAAAAAAGGAGCAACUAGUGACAUUCAAUUCACAGGCAAUAGAUAGGGAUUUAUUGAAAUGCAACAAUGGAGCAAUUGAUAAGGUCCUACCGACGGUAAAGAUCCUCAGGAAUGUGAGCCAUGCUAAAGAAUUCAUUGAAAAUGCAGCUAGCGUGAGCGACAUUACGACCACGGACCUUGACGACGCAGAGAAAUUGUCACCUAUAAAGCAGGGAAGGAAGUGUGAAAUAAGUGAAUCUACAGGUCGGGGGAAACAAAGCGAUGGACUAAGCGAGUCUGAAAAAAGCUCAAAUAAAAUGCAUUUGGCUAAAACAAAGUACAACAAAUCCUCUUUAUCAGAGGUGAACGAGGAGUUCAACGAUUUCCCUUCUAGUUCCGCCGGAGUUGAUAGCAGCAAGAGUUCAAGGGGACCGGCUAAUGCAGAUGUUAAUACUGUCAGCUACUUGGAGCCUUCCUCAGAGAUCAAACAUCUUUUGCAAACUGAAUCAGGGCCGGAUGAUAAUAUGACGAGUAGUAUGAACGAGUCGGAACUAAAUGUUGAAGAUGAAUCUACUGGAAAAGUAUUACAUAAAGUGAUCAAUUCUCCUAGGAUACGUACAAAGAGGGGUGCAGAUUCAGAUGAAGAUCUCAGUAUAGAAACUAAAAGGAGCAGGAUUGUGGAUGAACUUAUUAAGAAAUAUGAUUCCCCUCCCUGGGAAGAUCCUCCAGAAUUGGAAUCCGAGAAGAAGAGAAAUCGAUCUAGAUCGAGAUCGAGAUCGAGAUCAAGAUCAAGAUCAGAAUCCAAUUCACAACUAAGUUCAAACUCGCCUGAAAGGUUUCCCCGAUCCCCGAAAUACGGCGCUCAAGGGAAGCUUUUGCGAAGUGAUCGAGGCCGAAAAUUGGCUUUGGAUUACGCUAGAGUGGAACUGACUCAGACGCACCCUGUUCUCUCGCUGUCGGGUGCCCGGAAGGAGGACCAAUCACAGGUAGUAGGCUCUGCAGCAGACUCGGUUCCGGCGUCAGAGGACUCCAGCUUUAAUAACUAUUCUUCAAACACAUCCUCGACGCUCGAGCCCCCAGUACUAUCUACCGAAAAACUUGCGCUUAGCAAGAAACUCUCGGAUAAAUCGGACGAUUCCCCUAUGGUGGAGGCAGUUAGAAGGCUCCGAGCGAUGGAGAAAGAAUUCGGGUUAAGCGACGAUGAUGGUGAUCAAUUUGACAGUCCUCCGGUAUUGUUGACAGAGGUGAUACAGGGCGAUACUGGUGAGAAAAGUGAUACCAGAAAGGUAGACGAUACUAAACCUACAAAUGGUGUCACUGAAGUUCAUAGUCCAUUCCUUGAGUGA